ACCACUGAGGGUAACAAGAGACGGAAAUCUUGCUGGAAACUUGUUUACGAUCUCAUCUGUAUGUCUUCAGAAAUGAAUCAGCCUGAAGUAUCCACAGAAUGGCUUAACAAGCGCCUAGGAACCGCCGCGGAACAUUUGUCAGUUUUAGAUACUACAUGGUUCAGCGACAAGGAUGCUUCAACUGACUUUUCAAAGCAACAUAUUGCAAAUGCUUCAUAUAUGGACUUGUUUCGUGGGGUAGAAAACACACCAUGGUAUCCACGAAACAUUCCAGAUGUUGCUACAUUUCAAAUGAAUGCAAGAGCCAGUGCAGUGAAUAGCAAGGAUCAUGUCGUGAUCUAUGACAACACUGGAAAGUUUGGUUUCUUCAUGGGUGGAAGAGCUUGGUGGAUGUUCAAGUUGUUUGGACACGAAAAUGUCUCAGUACUUGACGGAGGUUUGAAAAGAUGGAUUGGUGAUGGCUUUGAAACAACAGAUGCAGUGGUCCAGAAAGGGGAUGGUGACUUUACUGCAAAGUGGAAUCCAAAAUGGAUAAGAAAGUUUGAAGACAUGAAAGAAAACCUGAAGUCAAGAAAAGCACAAGUUUGUGAUAGUCGUGGCCCAAAUAUGUUCAAUCAUUCUGCCAAUGAUCCAACCACUGGCCACUAUCCUGGUGCAGUAAAUAUUCCAUUUCCAACCUUGUUUAAUGCUGAAACCAAGACUCUUAAGACUGUUGAUGAGUUAAAGAAAGUUUACUCUGAUGCAGGAAUUGAUCUAAGCAAACCAGUAAUUGGCAUGUGUAUUGGUGGCAUCUCUUCUUGUACUUUGGUUCUCACAGCACAUCUCUGUGGAUGUCCUGAUGUUGCACUUUAUCAUGGAGGUUUCAACGAGUGGAGACAGAGAGCUGAUGCCACUGAAAUUGAAUGAUUAUCAUCUUUGCCAGAAGCAAUGAUCAGCUGAUGCAUAAUUGUCCUAAGCAUUACGCAAUGGUGAUGAGUGCUUCUGCUAUUAUUUCCAUUAUUUCAAAUUACUUGUUACCUAAUUACCUAACUUCACAU